UCGCCGUUCCAACGGCCUCGAUGUACCCGUCGCAGACUGUGCCGUGAUGGUCUUCGAAUCCUACUGCUACGCGUGGAGACGAACAGAUUCGCAACCGUAGGGAAAGCUGCGGAGUUAAAGCAACUCUCUCGGUCGUUUCUCCCGCCCGAGAGAGAGCUAAUUGCGUUCCGCUUUCUUCUCCGUGAUAUGAGGCCGCCGCGAUCGUCUCACGCCGUCUGAUCUCACUGCUUCCCCUCGUGAUCCAGUGGUAAUGGCGGCCCUCUCCCUGCUGCUUCUCCUCCUCGUCCUGGUGCCGAUCUUUACAUUCUCCUCGGCAGCGCAUUCGAACGCCUCCGCGUCGCCGCCGUCGUCAAUCGGCGUGAAUUACGGCCAGGUCGCCGAUAACCUCCCGUCGCCGCCGGAUGUCAUCCCCCUCCUCCUCUCCUUGGGAGCCGCCCGCGUCAAGCUUUACGACGCCGACCCCGCCGUCCUCCGCGCCUUCGCCGGCACCGGCGUGGAGAUCAUCAUCGGCCUUCCCGACCGGUGCGUACCGCGCCUCAUCGCCCCCUCCGCCGCCCUCGCUUGGGUGAAAACCAACCUCCAGCCCUACCUGCCCGCCACCAGGAUCGCCGCCGUCACCGUCGGCAACGAGGUGCUCUCCGGCAACGACUCCGUCCUGAUCCGAUCCCUUCUCCCGGCAAUGCAGUCCCUCCACUCCGCCCUCGUCGCCCUCGGCCUGGACCACCAGGUCGCCGUCACCACCGCCCACUCCCUCGCCGUCCUCGCCGUCUCCUACCCACCCUCCGCCUCCGCGUUCCGACGCGAGCUUCUCCCGUACGUGGCCCCGCUGCUGGCCUUCCUCGCCAAGACCUGCUCGCCCUUCCUGAUCAACGCCUACCCCUACUUCGCCUACAAGGCGGACCCGAAGCGGGUCGACCUCGACUACGCGCUCUUCGAGCCCAACGCCGGGGUCGUGGACCCCGGCUCCGGGCUUCGGUACAGUAACAUGCUCCACGCGCAGGUGGACGCUGUACGGGCGGCGAUCGUGGCGGCGGGGGGAGGGAAGGAGGUGGAAGUGGUGGUCUCGGAGACUGGCUGGCCGUCGGCGGGAGACGACGACGAGGCCGGGGCAACGGCGGAGAAUGCGAGGCGGUACAACGGGAACCUCAUGCGGAUGGUGGCGGCUAGGAAGGGGACGCCGUCGUCGCCCGGGGUACCUCUCCAGGUCUACGUCUUCGCGCUCUUCAACGAGAACCUCAAGCCCGGGCCGUCGUCCGAGCGGCACUACGGUCUCUUCAAGCCCGACGGCACGCCCGCCUACGAUUUCCUGGCGGCGAACUCAUCUGCAACCGUCUCCUCCUCCUCCGGUGGCAACACGGCGGAGUCGCCGUCGCCUGCGACGGACACGUCCUCCACCGGUUACUACACCAUCUCAUCCGCAACGGGGAUGAAGCCGUUACUUUGGCAUCCGACGGCGGUGGUGAACGUGGUGAUGGUUGCGGCUACAUUUCAAUAUUAUGGAGUUUUAGGAUAUUUAGAUUGAUUCUUAGUAGAAUUAAGAUUGAUUUAGAGAAGAAAUAUGAUAGGAAUAUUUUUUUGGCCUUCGAUGUUGGAUGAAUUUUGUACAUGUAAGAGAAUUGCGGGAGCGACGUGCAGAUUAAAGGCAAAAGAAGGAAGAAGAAAGA